AACAUGAACACAUCAUUCAACCACAACCACAACCACAAACCAAUAAACCCCAUCACCCAGCACCAGACUCCAACAAACCCCAUCACCAUCACCAGACUCCAACAAACCCCAUCACCAUCACCAGACUCCAACAAACCCCAUCACCAUCACCAGACUCAACAAACCCCAUCACCAUCACCAGACUCCAACAAACCCCAUCACCAUCACCAGUCUCCAACAAACCCCAUCACCAUCACCAUCACCAGACUCCAACAAACCCCAUCACCAGACUCCAACAAACCCCAUCACCAGACUCCAACAAACACCAUCACCAGACUCCAACAAACCCCAUCACCAUCACCCGACUCCAACAAACCCCAUCACCAUCACCCGACUCCAACAAACCCCAUCACCAUCACCCGACUCCAACAAACCCCAUCACCAUCACCCGACUCCAACAAACCCCAUCACCAUCACCCGACUCCAACAAACCCCAUCACCAUCACCCGACUCCAACAAACCCCAUCACCAUCACCCGACUCCGACAAACCCCAUCACCAGACUCCAACAAACCCCAUCACCAGACUCCAACAAACCCCAUCACCACCACCAGACUCCAAUAAACCCCAUCACCAUCACUUGUGUGUAGCAUGCGUGUAGCUCGUUCAGCUCUGCUGCGACUCUUAGUAUUUCUUGUGUACUUAAGUACUCAGGGAUCAUAUCCUUGACGUUGAUGAUGUAGGGGUGUCUGGGGUGUUUGGGGUAUUUGGAGGUGUAGUGGUGUCUGGGGUAUUUGGUGGCGUAGUGGUGUUUAAGGUAUUUGGGGUAUUUGGAGGUGUAGUGGUGUCUGGGGUAUUUGGGGUAUUUGGAGGUGUAGUGGUGUCUGGGGUAUUUGGUGGCGUAGUGGUGUCUGGGUUGUUUGGGGUAUUUGGUGGUGUAGUGGUGUUUAAGGUAUUUGGGGUAUUUGGAGGUGUAGUGGUGUUUGGGGUAUUUGGAGGAGUAAUUUCGCUUAGUGAUCCCUAGUGUGUCAGGUGCUGGUUUAUUCCACACACUGGUGUUCGCGUUUGACGCUAUGUGACUAUCGUGCAUGGCUUUGAGGUGUUUAAGUGCUGAAUCAGGUUUGUAGUGUUGCCCUUGGAGGU